AUGCUUAUUUUACUCUUAAUAAUUACUGGGAUAUUAGCUUUAAGAUAUACAUCUUCAGGAGCAUAUAUUUCAGUUCCCCUUGAGGUAGCUUUAGGUUCACAAAUAUCAUCACUUAAAGGCUUGUAUUUUACAGGACUGGACAUAAAAAUUAAGGGUAAACAAAAAUUUAUUUAUUAA